CCUCCUCCACCUCCACCACCCUACGGCGCUCCAGUAGCCGCCCCAAAACCCCCCGUUGAGAUCCUAGUUGACGUGCGCGAGGGACCUGACGAGGCAGGAGCAUACAACUUCAACUUCGAGAGUGCUGAUGGCACCAGUCGUCAGGAGCAGGGCGCCCCCCAGGGAGAGACUGGCGCCGUGGCUACCCAGGGAGGAUGGUCGUUCACCUUCCCCGACGGGACUCCGGGUCAGUUCACAUUCGUGGCCGACGCUAAUGGCUUCAAUGUGAAGUCCGACCUGCUGCCCGUGGGUCCGCCCUUGCCUGCCCACGCCAUUGCCCAGAUCGAGGCAGCUAAAAAGGAGGCAGAAGCUGCAGCCGCUGCAGCCGCUUCUCCCCCUGCACCAGGGUACUCCGUCCCUGCACCACCGACCAAUUACGUUUAACCUUAGGUGCCUGCUUGACUGUCUUUGUUUAAGAAAAAGACUGCAUGGGAGCACACUGCAGUCUAGAGAGACAUGGAGGAGUCUACGUACCCUGUCAUUAGCCUUCUCAAGAAAAUCAGGGUUUGAGGUCUUAAUUAUUAACUUUUUAUAUUAAGUUCUGAUAUAACUGCAGGCAGCCAGAUUAAUUCUUCAUCUUUCAAUCCAACAUUCUUGACUUCUCAGCUUUCGUCCUUAUCUUGUGCUAAAGAUAAGAAAAAUCUUAUGCUUCCAGUGAUCGAGUCUUCUCUAUUUAUUACUUCUUGCAUCUUGGGAACACCACAUGUCUUACCCAGGUUCCUGGCUUCAUGUACCUGGCAAGGUUUUCGACUGCCUAGGAGUUAUGUAAUACUUAAACGUUGUUAUUUAUUGACCUUAUUAUUUUUAACUAUCUUUAAAUUAUUAAUGUAAUAUUUGCCUUACGUGCGAGUAUGACAACUUUUGCCAAUAAAGCAUGUGUAACAACAA